CUUUCGUUUGGCGGUUGAGUCCCGGUCCGGUAACGGUGUGGUCCCUGUCCAAGUUUGCGAGUACAGCCCGCCUUGACGUUUGUGUGCAUAGUUAACUAGCUGGUUAAGCGUGUCACUAGUUGCGCUUCUGGUUGUGCUAUGUGAGCGGCUGCGGGGCUGGUGUUUCAGACCGAGCUCUUCUCCGUAACACAAACCCGGAGGGACCGGCUGUCCCGAUGACAUGUGUGUGCCAAGCCACCCACCGGCGGGCUGCUAAAACCCCUGCCGGUUCGUAGAGUUUCGUGUGCUGCUGGUGGCGGUAACUCGGAGGGACUGGUCUGGGUCGGAAUUCCGAUUCCAGAGGUUCCUUCAGCUUCCUGGAUCCAGAGUUUGCUGCCGAUGCCUGACUGGACUGCAUGAGGACGUGGUCUGGCAGUAGGAAGACACAAUGUCUUAACAGCCGCCAUCUCCUGUGGGAGUCCUGCCCCCUUUACCCCACCCUCUCAAGGAGAUAUGAACCUGCAGCAGCGGUCAAUGGGAUCCGAUCGCGACCUGCACUCUGCGACCUCCUCGGUCAGCCUGGCCUCCGUCAGGAAGGCCCCACGGAAGCGCCGGCUCUCACUGCGCUCCUUCUUCCGCCGUGAGCCCAAGCGCCGCUCCCGCGACCUUGGCGUAGAUGGCAUCGCCAGCGUGGAGAGCAUCCGCUCUGAGAUGUGCAUGGAUAGGGCGAGGGGGAACUCUGGCUCCUCGUCAUCGUGCUCGUCGCGCUCCUCUCCGCAGCCUCCCUCCACAGAGCUCCUGGAGUGCCCGCUGUGCCUGCUGCGACAUGCGCGGGACUGCUUCCCCGACAUCAUGACCUGCCCCCACCGCUCCUGUGCCGACUGCCUGCGCCAGUAUCUGCGCAUCGAGAUCUCAGAGAGCCGCGUCAACAUCAGCUGCCCCGAGUGUGCCGAGCGCCUCAACCCACACGACAUCCGCACCAUCUUGGCGGACCGCGCCCUUAUGGAGAAGUACGAGGAGUUCAUGCUGCGGCGCUGGCUGGUGGCUGACCCUGACUGCCGCUGGUGCCCUGCGCCAGACUGUGGGUAUGCAGUCAUAGCCUUCGGCUGCGCCAGCUGCCCCAAAAUCACAUGCGGCAGGGAGGGCUGUGGGACGGAGUUCUGCUACCACUGCAAGCAGCUGUGGCAUCCGAACCAGACGUGCGACGCAGCACGCCAGCAGAGGGCGCAGAGCCUGCAACUGCGGAACCUGCGCUCCUCCUCCCUCAGCUACAGUCAGGAGAGUGGGGCUGCUGCGGAUGACAUCAAGCCCUGUCCUCGUUGUGCCGCCUACAUCAUCAAGAUGAAUGAUGGCAGCUGCAACCACAUGACGUGCGCCGUGUGUGGGUGUGAGUUCUGCUGGCUGUGCAUGAAGGAGAUCUCCGACCUGCACUAUCUCAGCCCAUCUGGAUGCACCUUCUGGGGCAAGAAGCCCUGGAGCCGCAAGAAGAAGAUCCUGUGGCAGCUGGGCACGCUGGUGGGUGCCCCAGUGGGCAUCGCACUCAUCGCAGGCAUCGCUGUCCCUGCCAUGAUCAUCGGCAUCCCCGUAUACGUGGGGAGGAAGAUUCACAGUCGCUACGAAGGGAAGGACGUCUCACAGCACAAGAGAAACCUGGUGAUCGCAGGCGGUGUCACAUUGUCUGUCAUAGUCUCCCCCGUGGUGGCUGCAGUCACGGUCGGCAUCGGGGUGCCCAUAAUGCUGGCCUACGUCUAUGGGGUGGUGCCCAUCUCGCUGUGCCGCAGCGGUGGCUGCGGUGUGUCUGCCCGUAGUGGCAGGGGCGUGCGCAUCGAGUUCGACGACGAGAACGAUAUGAAUGCAGCAAAUGGAACGGCGGCCGCAGACUCCACCUCGGCAGCGGAGGCACAGAACAACCCCAGCAUUGGCGAGGGCAGUGUGGGCGGCCUGACGGGCAGCCUGAGCGCCAGCGGGAGCCACAUGGACCGUGUGGGGGCCACACGGGAUAACCUGAGUGAGACGGCCAGCACCACGGCCCUGGCAGGGGGUAGCAUCACCGGCAGCCUAUCGGGAAGCGCCAUGGUCAGGUGGGCUGGGUUACGUGGAGGUUCUGGGGCAUCCAGCAAGAAGGGCAGUAUGAUGAUGUGCGUCUGUUUCAGGCUGGAGGUACAAGCGGAUGUUCAGAAGGAGAGACACAGCCUGAGUGGGGAGUCCGGCACCGUCAGCCUGGGGACGCCCAGCGACUGCGCCAGUACCAGGGCCAUGGCAGGCUCUGUCCUUAGCACCUAUGCGCCCCUUGAUAGGGAUAGUAACGGCAUGGAGGUGCAGGUGGAUGUCGAGUGCAGAAGCGGCAAACUGCGUCACCACAGCGGUGGGAGUGGCGUGGACGAGGCUGGCAGCGGUUGGCGUGGCCCAGGGGUGUCUAGGUGGGCCAGGGACUCGUCCUCCUCUGGAAGGAAGAGCAAGGCCAGGCUGCGCAGGAAAGCUGGGGAGAUGAGCGAGGACAUGGAGGCCCAGUUGCUAAGCCAACGCAGUGGCACCUCCAGUGAGUGUGACUCACCCUCCCUGAGUGGCAGCCUGCCCUCUGUGGCCGAGUCACACUGCAGCCGCUGCUCCGAGCCGCCCGAGGUGGAGCUCGAACCCCCACGGGCUCCCCCAUCCCCCGAGGGCUCCCGCGAGCCCCCCGAUGAAGCGCAUUCAGAGCAAAAUGAGACGCCUUAAGUGCUGUGGCACCGGCCCAUAGUGCAGCUUUCGGACUCUUUGGCUGUUUUAUUAUUUUUUUCCAGUCAAGAUCGUCAAGUAAAGUCGCUACAGAGGAAAUGCUGGAUGUGUACGGGUGAUGUGGUUAGGGUUAGAACAGGGGAGGCGCUAUCUUAAGGUGCCCCCUGCUGGUUCUGUGAGGGGAUGUGGACACCUUUUCAGGUCUGAGAGUUGUAGACUAGGUUGUGAGUGCAUCGGCCUGUGCCGCUGUGUGAUGUUGGGCCAUGCCCACGCGCACCUCAGCACAGAGUAAGGGCUCUCAGAUUCCUGCCAGACGUCCCACGAACUGGCGAUGGUUGAAGGAUAGCUGUUGUAACCCUCCGAAGGGGUCAUGGGUGCCAGGUCCAGGCACUCUCAUCCGGGAAGUAGCAAUGCAGACCUGAGGAUCGGAUUGCCACCAGCCAAAUGGAGGAAGUGAGGGAGCAGGGUGGGGGGUCUCGGGCCAGUCCGGUGCCCUUGCGUGAUUCCUGUGACUCACGGUGCCUUUCCACAAACAACUAAGCUACGCGCUUUUCACGCAGCUCACAUCAGCUUCUCCUUCACUUACUCAUUCUUCCUACCAAAGAUUGUGGUCUCCCAGGACCAGCUUUUAAAUGCGUUUCAGCAUCUGCUCUGGAGACGGCCGACACACACGCAUCCUCCUUCGGGGGGGGGGGGCGGAGCAAACUGCGUUUGGCCUGUGACACUCACUCAACACUAGUGCCAGCAUCGCUGCUCACCUCCGCGCGACACCUUAAUGUAUUUGUAUAUUUGUUUGCUACUUUGCUUUAAAAGCGUGUAAAUGCUUAUUGAAAAAAAAUAAAUGAAUUGAAAUUU